UGAAAUCACGUGUUUCACUGUAGAAAGUUUGACAAGUUGGUCGACACAAGUCCUCUAUUUUUCCCGCUAGCGAAAACCUUGAACGUCAUUGUCGUGUGUACUCUUUUUCUGUUAAUAAUUGAAAUCAGAAACUAUCCUGGAAUCGAAGUCUUUUCUAUUAGCUACGAUAUAAAAACACGCCCAAAACAUGGAAAUCUUACAGAAAGUCAUGUCGGGGUUUAGUCUGGAUCUGGGACCUGUGAAAGAGCCACUGGGAUUUAUCCGAAUCCUGGAAUGGAUUUUCACCAUUUGUGCCUUUGCCACCACUGGUGGUUACGUCGGAUCGACUGUGGUGACCCAUAACUGUGAUAAACACAAAGAAAUCUCUGCUCAUUUUGGAUAUCCUUUUAGGCUCCCAAGUCAUCCAUACUACAUUGCUUAUUGCAAUAAGACGAACGUGAACGUGACCUACCUGCAGGGGGACUUCUCCUCCUCGGCUGAGUUCUUCGUCGCUGUGGGGGUCUUGGGCUUCCUGUAUUGCACUUUCACCCUCAUCCUGUACUUGGGCUACCAGCACGUUUACAGGGAGUCUAACCGUGGUCCCACCAUUGAUCUGAUUGUGACUGGGAUCUUUGCGUUCUUGUGGCUGGUGUGCUCCUCAGCCUGGGGAAAAGGCUUAACAGAUGUCAAGUAUGCUACAGAUCCUGAAAGGCUAAUCCAUAAUUGUCUGCCUGAUGUAUGCACAGUGAAGAGCCACCCCUCUAUGGGCCGUCUCAAUGCCUCUGUGCUUUUUGGAUUCCUGAACCUGAUAUUGUGGGCAGGGAACUGCUGGUUCAUCUACAAGGAGACUCCGUUCCAUAAGCCGGCUAAUCCACCAACCAACGCAGAGGAAGGAGUUUCCACUUCCUAAUACGACAAGACUGCCUCCUUUCUCUCCUGUCCAUCCGUUCAUCAAGCAGACCACCUCAUCGUUUGUUCAUGCAAAAGCUUUGUUUCUAGCUCCAUGCAUUGCAGUUCACUACAUUAUAAAUGCUAUAAGCUGAAUUCAUCAUUUCUUUAUGAUUUUUAUUUUUAUUUUAGUGUCUGUUUGAUGGCCCUGUCAGAUGAUAAUCCUGUCAAGCAGGUUGUCUGAAGCAAACCAAAUUUGAUUAGAUCAUUAGCAUUUCUAACUUGUGUUCUAGGUUAUUAAUGUUUUUAUUUUUAUUAUUAAUUCGUCUAAUUUGGUAAAAGAUGACCUGCAUCUCAAUAACUCUAAAAAUCCACUACAAUGAACAGACAUUGCAUUUGAAAGCUUGUAUGUGAGCACUUCAAACACUAGCACUCUAAUAUCUAGCUCUAGAAAUUUAAAGCUUGACUUUCCCUGUAGUUUUUAAAAACUAUUUAUUGGUUUAAGUGCCUUUUCAUUUACAAUCACGAUAGGAUGUUUAUGCACACCCAAAACACCUUGCGACAACUAAGUCCCCUUACUUUUGUCAGAAAAGGAUAAACUGAAAAAAUUAAUCAUAUCAGCCUCUGAUAUUUAGUCUAUAACCUUUAUUUUACAUCCUUGUGUGAAUUCUCUGUGUUGACUCUUUUUGAAGUGGUAUUUGGUAAUAAUAAUAAUUACUACGCCAAAGGCCAUAUUUCAUUUGCUAUCAGGAAAGAUAUGUUAACUAUUUAACUAGUCAUCGUUCAGCAGAAGAAAUCACUUGUUUAGCUGUUUUUCUACUGUUCAGAGUAGUAAUGUUGUCAUUAUUUGUAUUUGGCUGUUUGACUUGACACUGAGAAUUAAGUGUUUGUAUCACAUGGGUUGAUGUUUUUAUUUGCAAAAAUGAACAUUUAAUUUUGUGCAUCUGUGGCAUGUUUUACCAUCAUUUUUUUACAGAAAGAUACAUUUUUGGGGAUUGCAUUCAGUUUAAACCUAAAAUAGAGUAACUGUUCAGUAGCUGUGAUUUGUCUGUGUGCAGUUUAUGUUCUGUUGAAAAUUGGUUGGUAUUUGUUUAAUUUUAAAUUGGCAUUUUUUUAUUAUAUUCUUAAUUAGUUGUUUUAAUCAUAAGAUUAGAUUUCUAACGAAUUUCUAACUGGCACAUCUAAAUGAUUUAAUCUAGUAGACUUAAAGAAGACUUAAACUUAAAAUAAUUAAUAUAAUUUAUUAUAGUUGUGAAUAAAGGGGAAAAAAUGUUCAAAGUGCCAUCUAAAAAUCUCAAGAGAAUUUCCUCCUGUCACAUACUGUCUAACUUUUGUCCUGAAGCAAUCCUCAAUUUUGGUUGUGACUUUUGGAAAAAUAUAUGCCUACAUUUUUGUUGUUGUGUUUUGUAUCUAUGCUAAGUUCAGAAGGAAAAUCUCCACAAAGGCUGAUUUUCGUUAGUAUUAAAAGAGGAGAGAUGUAAA